GGGGGGUAUAUAAGCUCUCCUGGACCCUCGACCUGUCAUUCUGACCUCAGUCCAUCAUGAGCACGCUCGGAGCUGUGCGCCUGGCCUGCUACCAGCUUCUGCUUCUUGGAGUAUUUGGAAAGCACAAUAAUCAUGGCACGAGGAUUAUAUCAUCCAGAACCGAGGGAAGCCACCGGCAUCAUUUACCCACCUACAUGAUGCACCUCUACCGUAACUUCAAGAUCAACCAAACGCGUCCCGCGGAGCAUCUGGAGCACGAGCAAGCGGACACCAUCAAGAGCAUCCUCUCCAAGAGUUUGACCAAUCAAGACACACACUACGUCACACACUUUGACCUUUCCUCAGUUCUGCUGGAGCAUCAGAUCCAGGCGGCGGAGCUGAGGAUUCGUAUUCCCAAAGAAACGCAGCAAACGAACAUCACAGUGGAGAUCCGGCACCAGCAGGACCAGUCCCUGGGUCAUCUGUCCGAUUCCUCUCUGAUGAGCGCCUCUCAUCACUGGAGGGUCUACAACGCCACAGACCUGUUCCUAAACUGGAUCGGCCCCAAACUCUCCGAGAGGAUCCGCCUAAAGAGCAAGAGAGAGGCGAGACACGCUCUUCGCUCCGGGAGUAAAGCUCCGGAUGGGAUCCGUCACAGAGCCAUGCUGCUGGUCUUCUCACACACCGUCUCUGGACAGAGCGAGCAGGACCGAGCCAGUCUCCUGCACACAGCCGAGAAGUCCAAGUUCUUGUUUAACAGCGAAGGAAAGGAGGUGCGGAGAGACAAGCCACACAGGAGCAAGCGGGGCCGCAGGGGUCAGCCGGUGAGGAACCUGGAGCCGCUCAGGGGUCCGGCCGAGAACAGCUCCAUGUGCAGGAGGGUCGACAUGCAUGUGGACUUCAAUCAGAUCGGAUGGGGCUCCUGGAUCGUCUUCCCUAAGAAGUACAACGCAUACCGCUGCGAGGGGAGCUGCCCAAACCCUCUGAGAGAAGACCUGCAUCCCAACAACCAUGCUUACAUGCAGAGUUUGCUGAAGUACUAUCAUCCCGACAGAGUUCCUGCGGCCUGCUGCGCUCCGACCAAGAUGAGUCCUCUCAGCAUGCUUUACUACGAGAGCGGAGAGCUGAUCCUCAGACAUCACGAGGACAUGGUGGUGGAGGAGUGCGGCUGCCUGUGACCAGCUUCAUCAGCGCCGCUUCACUAUCAUCAGCCAGAGCGUCUCAGGACUUCAGAAAGAGUUCCCCGUUCAGACUGUGUGAUCGUUCGGGGAAACGAUGGAGAAUAAGAACAGAAGAAAAACAUUCUCUUCAUUUGUCUUCUGGAAAAUCUAGAACAUUAUGAUCGGUCCUAGUAACGGAUUAUAAAGAUCUCAAGCACUGUCUAUGUAUUUACAAUCACACCAUAUGGUGGAGAAACUAUGUAAAUAUUUAUUGUAAAUAAUACAUAAAUAAAGCCUUGAUAUUAUGUAAAUAUAAUAUAUGAAUCUUUGUAUAAAGAAUGGAGAUCAGACAAUAUUAUUUUUGCUAAUAGAAAUAAAAGUAUU